AUGUCCGUGAGAGCACUUAUUUACGCCUACCGCAAGCCUGGUCUCUCUCUUGAGGACUUCAAGAAGCACUACGAGGACCACGCUGAACUUGUCAAACGGCUCUCCGGGGAGGACUUUCCUCUUUCACACAAGCGCACCUAUGUCGCACGCAGCACCGUUGGGGUCGCCUCUGAGGAUGCUAGUGAGCGUAAUGCGCUGACCCCCGCCACCGUUCUUGUUGGGAAACAGUCGCACUUCGACUUCGAUGCCUAUGCUGAGCUUACGUUCACCGAUAAGGCAGCUUUUCAGGCCUUCAGUGCUAAGAUAUACGCCCCCGACGCUGCUGCUCAGAUUGCAGCCGACGAGGAGAAGUUCCUCGAUAAGUCGAAGCUCGGAAUCGUUUUACUUGGCGAUGUCAUCGAAACUACCAGAUAG